AUGGACGAACAGCAAUUAUUGCAACAAAUCGCCUCUCUUGCCGGUGCAAUCAAUACAUAUAAAAAUCAACAAGGACUUGCCGAUCCCCCAGAAAGCCAGGAUGCAAAAUGGAAAGCAAGAAAAUUUCCCCGUGCUGCAUCUCGAAACCAGUCGCUUGUAGUUAAUCCUUCUACAAAGGCCAACCGGCCAUUGGAUUCAUCUGCGCCCUACUCUAUUCCCUCAACACAUCAUGACUUAAAGAAUAACGAUGAUUCCACUUCGGAUACUUCUCAGUAUGUAUCCAAAAAAGACCGACAUAUGCAGCUAAUUCGAAAAAAUAUAUUCGAACUUGACCUGCAGGCUAGGCAAGCUAGCUUAGAGGCACAACGUGAGAAAAUUCAAAAAGAACGAAAAUCACGUAUUAAAAACUAUUUACAAAACAAUUUGCAGAGUGGAACGAAGCAACUCUUAACCAUAGACGAGCGUUCUUACUUAGCUGAUGUUUCUAGUACCAAUGUUUUGGAAUACGUUGAUGAAAACCCAAGCCCUCCAAAGCACUUUUAUUGGAAUAACAAAGCUUAUUUACAAACCAAGAAGAAUUUGUUUAAGGAGGUAGGGAACUCUCCGUCUAGUGUCUAUUGCCGAUAUUAUAAUUCCAGUGGUUAUUGUGCAAACGGUUCGUCGUGUAUGUUUGUGCAUGAUCCUUCCAGAAGAAUGAUUUGUCCAAAGUUUUUGAAUGAAAAAUGUACAAAAGGUGAAAAAUGUAGUCUAUCGCACGAUUUGGACACGAAGCGAAUCCCUGCCUGCUAUUAUUUUUUGCAGGGCAAAUGCAACAAUGUGAAUUGCCGUUAUGUCCAUGUACACUACUCCGAGACUGCACCGAUUUGUUUUGAAUUCGCCAAGUACAGCUAUUGCGAGCUCGGUACCUCGUGCAAAGAAAAACAUGUUUUGCAAUGCAGCGAAUUCGCAAUGAAUGGUUCUUGCGCUAAUCCCCAGUGCCGGUUAUAUCAUGGAGCCCUUGAGAAGAAUGGUAAUCGGAAAUCAGCUGAAGAGCGAAAAGAUACAGAAACUUUAGCAACUAAUAGUACUGGUGUAGAUUCAAAGUCGGCAGGUGUGAGUCAGUCAGUAGAUGAUAAUAUCGACUUUAUAUCCCUUUAG